GCUGCCAAUCUCCCGCCACCCAGAAAACCUGGCAAAACUGCACAACCUGCACACACAAACAAACCACACCACCACAACACCGCAAAACCGCAGCUGACCUGACUGCUUUCCCCACCCACACACACCACCUCCAGCCACGACCAUGGCCACGACCAUGGCCACGACGACCUUACCGAGCGAUGCUGAGCUGGAGAAGCUUGUUGAGGAGGAGCUGAGCCGCCCGGGGCUGGACCUGGGUGUGGUGACGCGCAAGAGCGUGCGCAAGGACCUGUCUGAGCGGCUUGGCGUGGACCUGACGCCGAAGAAGGCCGUGAUCAAUGCCGCCAUCAUGGCCUUCUUCACACGCCAACAAGAGGACCAGGAGCAGGAACAGCAGAGAAGGAACGGUGUUGGGGCGAGCAGUGAUGGCGGCAGCAGUAGCGUGAAGCAAGAGGGAGGAGAGGCAGUGAAGCAGGAAGAAGCGCAAUCGCACCCGCAGAAACAGCAACAUCAACAGCAGCACGCCAGUGAACAGGCUGCAGAGGAUGGGGAGCAUGCUGGCGAGAGCAGUGACGAGGAGGAAGGCAAGUCGCCGCGGCAGAGGGUGUCUGUAGGAGACAUGGACUUGAGCGACAGCGACAUCGAGGACAGCGAGUUUGUGCGCAAGAAGAAGCAAAAGCGCAAGUCUGCGUCUGCGCGCAACUCAACGGCAGGUGCAGGGAGCAAGAAAGCAGCCAGCGGCAGCAGCAGCAAAAGCAGUGGCAGCAGUGGGACUGCGCGAAAGGGCGCGCCCACAGACAAGCUGUACGUCUACAAUGUGCAGCUCACAGAGCAGGACGAGAUCAACAAAGGCAAGACCGCGUACACGUAUGAGCUCGAGUUGGCAGAGCCGCUGGCCGAGUUUCUUGGCGAAAAGUACAUGGCCAGAUCAGAGGUCACCAAACGCAUCUGGGCAUACAUCCGCGAGAACAACCUCCCAACCAAGAAGGGCUGCCGCAUUUUGGAUGACAAGUUAUCAUCGGCGCUCGGCCGCAAGACCAUCAGCUUCAAGACGCUUCCAAAGGCGCUGAAGACGCUGAUGAAGCCGUAUCGCCCGCCAGAGACGUACACAAUCGAGGACCACAACACCGACCAGCAGCCGGUUGUGAAGUUGUUGUGGGCGUACAUUAAGGAGAAUGGGCUGCAGGAUCCACGGGACGGAAGACGAAUUCUCUGCGACGACAAGAUGAAGGCCGUCUUUCCGGACGAAAUGACCGCCUUUUCCAUGAACAAAUUCAUCUCCCCGCACCUCUCAUGA